CUGGUGCUGGACAGCGAGCGCGCAGCACGACCAGACGGUUCCGCCGCCCAACAUGUCAGUCAAUCCGCGCAAGAGAAAGGUCGUCACCAAGGCGCCGCCGCCGCCGCCGGAGAGCGAGUCGGAGAACGAGCUGGGCGACGGGCUGCUCGACGGCAUCCUGUCGCAUUCCGAGGACGAUUCCGAGGGCAGCGGGGAGGACGAGGAAGAGGGACGACGACGACGACGACAGCAACACAACAACAACAACAGCAACAACGACGACGACAUCCGCGAGCAGAUGCGCAACCUCAAGACGUCCGACGGCCACCACACACACAAUGGCGAGCUGGACGCCGACGACGAAACCCUCGAGCCAAACUACACUGUCCACACGGACGCCAACGGCAACACGCGCUACAUGUACCACGAAAUCGACCCCGUCUACGAGUCGGACGACUCGGACGCCGAGCAGACCAACACCAUUGGCAACAUUGACCUCAAGUACUACGACGAGUUCCCGCACAUUGGCUACGACAUCAACGGCAAGCGCAUCAUGCGUCCGGCCAAGGGCGACGCCCUCGACGCCCUGCUGGACAGCAUCGACAUCCCCAAGGGCUGGACCGGCCUGACGGACCCGGCCACCGGCCAGCCGCUGAACCUGACCGACGAGGAGCUGCGCGUGCUGCACAAGGUCGCCCGCAACGAGGUCAUCGAGGACGGCUACGACCCGUACCCGGACAUGAUUGCCUACUUCUCCGGCGUCAACCAGGAGGUGAUGCCGCUCAGCGCCGCCCCGGAGCCCAAGCGCCGCUUCGUGCCGUCCAAGCACGAGGCGAAGCGCGUCAUGAAGAUUGUCAAGGCGAUCCGCGAGGGCCGCAUCGCCCCGUACAGGCCGCCCGAGGAGACGGACGAGGCGGACCAGUUCACGUUUGACGUGUGGGCCGACGAGAAGCCGCGCGACGCGCACUCGAUGCACCUCGCGGCCCCCAAGCUGCCGCCGCCGGGCUACGACGCCUCGUACCACCCGCCGCCCGAGUACCUGCCCGACAGGGCCGAGGCCGACGCCUGGCUCGACCAGGACGACGAGGACCGCGAGCGCGAGUUUCUGCCCAAGAACUACGAGGCCCUGCGCAAGGUGCCCGGCUACGACGCCUUCGUCAAGGAGCGCUUCGAGCGCAGCCUCGAUCUCUACCUCGCGCCCCGCAUCAGGCGCAACCGGCUGAACAUUGACCCCGAGUCGCUCCUCCCCAAGCUGCCCGACCCCGAAGACCUGAAGCCCUUCCCGACCACGUGCGCGGCCAUUCUGCGCGGCCCUCCUGGCCGCGUGCGCUCCGUCUCGGUCGACCCGCUGGGCGUCUUUGUCGCGUCCGGCGGCGACGACGGCUACGUGCGCGUGUGGGAGGUGCUGACGGGCCGCCAGCUGUGGAGCGCGCGCCUGUCGUCGGAGGAAGCCGUCGACGCCGUGUCGUGGCGGCCCGUGAGGGAGGCUUCGAUCCUCGCCGCCGCCGCCGGCGAGCACGUCUACCUCGCCGUCCCCUUCUCGCUCCUCUCGCCCGACGUCGAGCAGCACAGCCGCGACAUGCUGGACGCAGGGUGGGGCUACGCGUCGUCCAAGUCGCAGCCGACGCCCGCCGACGACGCGCCCAAGACCCCGCCAGGCGUCUGGUCGCGGCCCGAGCGCAGGCUCGAGAGCAAAGGCGUCCUGGUCCAGAUCGAGGUCCGCAGCGCCGUCAAGACGCUCUCCUGGCACCGCCGCGGCGACUAUUUGACCACCGUCUCGCCGCGCGGCCAGUCCUCGGCGGUCGCCAUCCACACCGUCAGCAAGCACCUGACACAGCUGCCGUUCCGGCGCCUCAAAGGCAUCGCGCAGACGGCGCACUUCCACCCCAGCAAGGCCAUCUUCUUCGUCGCAACCCGCAACACGAUCCGCUCCUACGACCUCGCCAAGCAGGAACUCGUCAAGAUCCUGCAGCCCGGUGCAAAGUGGAUCUCCUCGCUCGCCGUGCACCCCGGCGGCGACAACCUGCUCGUCGGCACCUACGACAAGCGCCUGCUGUGGCACGACCUCGAUCUGUCCACCAAGCCCUACAAGACGCUGCGCUUCCACAGCGCUGCGAUUCGCGACGUCGCCUUCCACCAGGGCGGCUACCCGCUGUUUGCCGACGCGAGCGACGACGGCUCGCUGCAGAUUUUCCACGCCAACGUCGUGGGCGACCUGAUGCAGAACGCGACCAUUGUCCCGCUCAAGGUGCUCAGGGGGCACAGGGUCAGGCAGCGUCUGGGCGUCAUGGGCGUCGAGUGGCAUCCGCGCGAGCCGUGGUGUGUGAGCGCGGGCGCCGACGGGACGGUAAGGCUGUGGACGUAGACGUAGACGGCGCAUGUCGAGGGGGGGUGGAGUCGUGUUACUCAUGUACCAAAUACCAACAGGCAAAGCAGUGCCUUGCCGGCGUCUAGGCGUACGCAGCACAAUUCUCUACGGCAAUAUAAUUCUCCAACGUCAAGACUGCACCCGACCUGACCUGACCCGACCUGAUCCGACCUGAUCUGACCCGACCUGAUCUGACCCGACCUGACCUGACCCGACCUGACCUGACCCGACCUUAAAGACCCAGCACCAGAUGCAAAAGACCCAGCACCAGAUGCAAAA